UGGGGGUUUUAGGUUUUGGUCUUUGGGGUUCCAUUUGUGACGAAGUUAGCUGGUCGGACGACGAGCCGACGCGAUGCUUCGUUACCUAGUUCGCCGCCAUGCGCUCCCUCCGUCGAUGCAACUCCGUCUCGUAUUCUUCUCCGCUGGCACUUCCGUCUCCUCAUCAGGCGUUGCCGCUUCUCCCGAUCCCCUCUUCAUGGUUGAGUACCUCGUGAAUACGUGCGGGUUCUCCGCCGACAAUGCUUCUAAGGUCUCAAAGUCGCUCCCCCGUAUCAAGUCCACUGAGAAUCCCGACGUUGUUCUUGGUUUCUUAAGAUCUCAGGGCUUUGAUGGCGCUAAUCUCAGAAAGGUAAUAUCUCUGAGGCCAAGAUUGCUCGGCUGCCAUGUGGAGAAGAACCUCGCUCCAAAAUUUCAAUUUUUCCGCGACAUGGGGUUAUCUGAGUCCGACGUCAUUGAUGUCGUUCUGCUGCACCCGGCAAUUAUCGACCUUAACUUCCAGAACACGCUUCUUCCUCGACUGAAGGUUUGGGAAAGUCUAUUUGGAUCAAAGGAGAUCCUCCUCAAUAAUCUCCGGAGGCAUGGAUGGUUUAUGACCACCAACAUUGAGAAUGUGAAUCCUGAAUCCCUCCGUGCUUUGGUAGAUAGAGCUGAGGGGAUCGGAAUUCCCCAGGGAUCUGGGAUGUUCCUCUGGAUCCUUGAUGUGCUGCAUGGGGUCAGUAGGGAAAAAUUCGAGGCCCAAGUCAAACUCAUGAACAGCUUUGAUUUCUCGAACUCGGAUUUUGUUGCUGCAAUCAAGAAAUAUCCAUGGUUUUUAUGGCUUUCCACAGAGACAUUGCAGAGAAAGAUGGAAUUUUUAGUCAAGGAUGUUGGAAUUACACCUUCAAACAUUGCUAAGCAGCCAGUGUUUCUAGCAUUGAGUUUGGAAAAGAGGUUAAUUCCUCGAUUUCAUGUGCUGGAGAUAUUGAAAUCUGAAGGGUUAUGGACUUCACAAGACACGCUACGUACAAUUUUCUUAUCACCGGGACCUAAGUUUAUGCAGAAGUAUGUGCUCCCUUACAAAGAUAAAUUGCCCAAACUAUUUGAAGUCUUGUGAAUUGUACUUGAGUUCAAAGGAAAUGAUCCGGACUGAGAAUGAAUGCCAGGAUUUAUUUGGGUAUUAUUUUCUACCAAUCUUGUCUUAGUUUUCAUAUAGUUUACUUGCCAUUUUAUAUUCUAUAUUAUGAAUGUAACUGUUAUUGUAGACAUGAGGAUGCUAGUUGUCUGAGUUUCAUUUUGCAA